UAUUAGGGACUCACUUAAACUACUGAAAGACGCUCUUAAAACAGGAACGCUCCCGAAUACGGACCUGAAACUCGAGGAUUUAAUUGGUCCCUUUUGUCUUGUGCGCAAUAGUACGUAAAGUAUGGCCAUCUACUCUGCGCACGAACCACUGGUGAAAGUCUUUUAUAGAUUGAGGAACUUCCAGAAGCUUCAAGGCUGUCUUUGGCUUCACUCUAAGGUCACACAGAGAGAAACUCACGCUGAAUGAUUUAACGGAUGCCUUCCUACAGGCCGCUCCCCUCUACUGAAGAGGAGAGCAACCAUGAAGUGGAGAGCAACCAUGAAGUGGAGAAAGAGGUGGUAUUAUCGCCGUCUCUGCGAGGGGCGCGAUGGAGCGUUCCCUGCAAUACCAUUCCUCUUGUCGUCUCAGCGUUUAUGCUCCUUCUCUCCGUCAUCAACGUCUUCGUAGCCAAACAACACCACAGAACUGGCAAAGAAUGCGCCACAGAGACAUCCAUCUGGUGUAUGCCACUGCCUUCCCUAUACCUGAAUGCCCUGGGCGCGCUGACAGUUUCAGCCCCUGUAUUGGAAGCAGUCAAAUAUGAAGAUUUUGAUUUCCAGAAUGACUUUGGACAACUGAGCAUUUACCGCGGGCCGCCAACGAAGGAGCUAGAAGAUGAAUGGCACAACCUGACAUUCAAACACGCGGUCAAAAUCCCCGACUCAAAAGUCCACCUUACGAACCGUCAUCCAGUCCGCGACCAGCUCGUCCGCGUGAUGCCGGAUAAUGGGGGUCCCGGAGCAAAAGGAGAGCUGGGGUAUUCGGCGCUGAUUGACGUUUUCCACCAGCUGCACUGCCUCAACCGGAUCCGUCAGUACACCUGGCUGCUCACGGGCAACUACCGCAACACCUCUGAUCCACUCGACGUGGUCCCUCAUGGAAAUGUCCCCGGGUCGCCGAACUCGCCGGGAGAGGACCCUCGCCCGCCUAUUCCGAACGAUUUUAUGACCACGCCCUUGGCUAACAGGAUUCACAUAGAUCACUGCAUCGAGACGAUUCGGAAGACGCUCAUGUGCCAUGCAGAUGUGACGCCAAUCAUGAUUAUGAAGGAUAAAAAGGCGCCACUAAAGGAGCGUGCGGACUUCAGUGCGAGGCAUAGGUGUAGGAACUGGAACAAGAUAUCGGAGUGGAUGGAUGAGCAGUGGGCUGUAAGAUGACAGUGGUGAAAAUUUUAGAAUGAAACAAGAGAAAACUGUGAGCUAAGAGAGCAAUUUUCUUUUUCAAUUUUAGAUUCCUUCUACUGCCGUAGUGUGUGGUGCAGAUUGGCGUGAGAAGUCGCCGCAUGAUUACAGCAACGUCCACUGUUACUCGUCGAUGGAGGUAGUGUCUCAAGAACGUCCGCGCAUCACCGUACUGUAUCAUCAAGUUCUGCAGCUCCUCGCUGACGUUGCCUACACCACUCGGAUUAGUUCCUUUCCUAAAGAUCGGUAU